ACGGUGCGGGUUCCUUGAUACCGGCCACGAGAACUGUCUACGAAAAAGAUUUCGCGAGUCGACACGUGCACGUCCACGAACCAGAUCCCGACGUCGAAGGGGACGUUCAAAGAUCUUAUCCGGCGGUUUGGGUCCCCCCUCAGGUAAAAUCGACAUCGUCCGAAGCUGAUCGCUGAACUUCUUCAUGCGAGCGUCGUUGUUUCCGAUUUCUAGGCCAGAAGUAAAGUCCACGUUUUCAAGGUGAUAUUCCCGCAUUACAUGGAAAUUUCUCAUCCGUACGAAGAAACGCCGCCGCCGUUACCCAAGUGCUUCUUCAAAUUCGAAGCGAACAAACUUAAGGAAUUAUCCGAAGCCGUCGACGCCUAUUCGGAAGCCGUUGACCGCUUCGGGGUUUUCGAAAUGGACAAUCCGCCGAUCGCCAAGAGGAUCGCUUCGUCACCGGAGAGUUUCGAGAAGCAGGUGAAGUACAAAACGGGGUACGAGGUGUUCGUCGUGGUGUUGGAAUACGUUAGCGAAGAGGCAUUUCUGGGCUUCGCCGGCAUCGAGCCCUACUUCGAAAGCCAAAGUCAAGAGGAAACCGCGGAACUGAUCGAGCUCUACUUUCCCGAAGGGGCUGUCGAUGAACUGCCGAUGGAAUUGCAGCGCGGCCUGUACGCUGACACGGAAGAGGACGAGGAAGAGUACGAUUUCGAAGAAUACGAAGAAGAGGACGAAAACUACGAAGGAAUCGACGGAGGCCCGCUCUUCGAUCCUCUGUUCUAAUAUUUCGGAACAAACCCGUCGCGUCUCCCGGUGAUUUCGCCGUUUCCAUUCCGGCCGCACAUAGCGGGGUGAAGGAAAAUAAUUCCUUUUAAAGUCGUAACGAAUUCCGAACGAUCGACUGGGCGCCUACAGCAGCAAUGAAUCAAGCGGAAACUAACUCAGCUGCGGUAAAAAGGAAAUCACGGUAGCCACCAGUUCGCGACAUUAGAUACACGGAGAUAAUUCGCAAACGCAUCGUCUCCACGUUAUUAUUAUCCUCGAUAUAAUCAUCGUGAUUUUAUUCUCCGUUGGCGAAACUUGGCGAUUAUGCACGCACGGCUACAAGUCCGCGACUAUUGCUACACGGACACCGCACCGCCUUUGGUCUCGCGUACAAAGUCGACUCGGUAUUUUGAUUAUAGUUUCUCGCGGUAAUUGUUACGUCGGAACAAUCUUCCGAGAUUUCAUCGGCGUAUCCGAAUCGUUCGAUGGUCGAGUUUCUCACCUAAUCGUUAUUAAACUCGGUAACAAUGACGAACGUCCGUCGAAUCCAAUGUCAUUGAAAUAUCCGAGCGAUGCACGUCGUCUUACAAGUUACACACUCGUCGCCCUCAAUGAUUCACACGAUCAGCGCAGCGAAUCUCGUUUGUAUGCGAAAAGAAAAAAAAGAAAGAAAAAACAACUCACAUUACGCAAACGAGACCGCCCACGUCAAAAAUACGCUUCGGAUUAUCGCGAGUUUUAUUAAUCAUUACACGGCGAUUCUUCUCAUGGAUAUGAAUAACGACGAGAUAAUGUUUUGUCGCAUAUUGUUCCGAAGAGAUAAAAGCAAAACUGGAGAAAUUGAAAACGAAAAAGCUAACGCGUUCGAGGUCGAUGGAACGUAUUUUCUCUUUUUCUUUUCACUCGCUGUAACGAGUAAGCGAGUGAAUGAAUGUACCAAUGAAUGAAUUAAUGAAGUCAUUCCCGCGGUUACAUCGCACAACAGAUUUAUAGUAAUAAGCGUUACUUGCAUCUCGCGGUUACUUUCGUCCACCGCGGAACCGGAGUCAUAUUCUACAUUAUACGCCGCAAAUGGAGUUGAAACAAUGUAGAUCAUUACGGGGUAUCGCUGACUACCUCUCCUUUAUUUGGUUCGCUGCCAAUUUCACGAGGCAUGAACGACUUUCGAGCAGACGAAUCGGCCUAUGUUUUAACGCCGCGAAGAUCAACAAGGCUCGGCCAACGUCCCCGUCUACCGCCUCAUGACUCGAGUCCCGGAUUACAAGGUUCCGAUAACCGAUUCAAUUAACAACUGCGAAAAUUCACGCGAUGAUCAAACCGCGAAACUAUAAUCUGAUUUCAUCUGGCGGUACGCCGCCUGCCUUCUGCAAGUUCAAUUGUUCGAGUCGAACGAGUCCUGAGAAAUUAGUCACUAUACAUAAAAGAUGAAUGAGCGACGGUAUGUACGGUACAUGUAUAUUAGUAACGAACAAUUUUCUCAAGCAACUUAUGUAUCGCCGUUUGUCCGAUUGCGAGACUGAAUCAGAUGGGAUGACGCACGUUGUAACGUAUUCGAGACGCUCUCAUUGUAUGCUAAGUUCGAGGCAUCGACUCUACGGAACUCCGCGGGUCCCAAAGGUCCCAAAGGUCCAUCGCGUCCGGAGGCUGGAAAAUUACAGCGUUCGAUCCUCUCGGUGCCCCGUCGAGAAUCGCGACGUCUCACGUACGUCCGUUAUCAGGCGAUGAGAUUUCGAAGGUUUCAAAUUUUCAAAAGUACAUUUCUCGUUUUUCGCUAUUCUUUAACGAUCGAUUCUUCGAAGCGUUCAUUUUUCCCCCGGUGGUGAUCUCACCUUUGUUAUCUAGAAUUUCUCGAAAACGAUACGUGAACGUUCGACUUACUUCACGUACCUCCGUUCUAACGAUAUAUUAUUCUUUAUGGGGUGAGUCAGCCAUUCGUAGGUCAUAAAACGGCCGAUAUAUAUACCGUCGAUCAAUCUCGAGCGCGAUAUGGAUUGGGCGAUUUUUCUUUCUUCUUUUUUUCGCUCCUCCGGAGUCUCGGAAUAAUAUGCACAAAAAUUAUUCUUCGACGUGUUUUUUUAAUCGAACGGCUAUAUUUUUCUUCGCACUCAAGAGGCGGACGGAAAAUUUUUUACUCGCGUCGGAAUGGUUCGAUCUCUCUGUUUUUCACACGAAAAGAAGAAAAAUAUUCAAUUUUCCGAUGAAAUUUGUCGGUAUUGCUGAUUGUCGAAUUUCAUGGAAAGGUUGUAGGGCGGACGUUAUACGGAACAAUAUCAGUAGAUAUGAUAUAUCAUCGUAUAAAUAUAUGUCCAUUUUCCUACAGUUUAUCGAUAAAAUUAUACGAUUCCGAAAACCUUCGAUGAUUUUCGUUGCAUCGGAAUUAAUACGUAUAUCGCCAAUCGUUAUCGGACACCAGUACAGGUACGAUAUUGACAUAAACUUCUUAUCGUUGUAUUUUUCUUGGAAAAAAAUAAAGAAAUAUAUCCUUCUCAUCGUCGCAUUUGUAAUUAUUAAUAUUUUUAAGCAACCCGCGUACGUAUGAUAGAAUUAUACGCGCGAGCACGCCUACCUAUGUAAGUUGAUUAAUUUUAAGUGGAAUUGGAAUGACAGCUGAAAUUUGCCGAUAACGUACGCAGCUGCGAUUACAUGUGUGUAUAGGUGAUAUGCACGCGGCGUUUUUACGCUGGUUAACAUUUGUUUCGUAAUUAUCCGAUUAAACUAAUUACAAGUAAGAUCGCAAUUAACGAUCGCCGUCGUACGCGCUGUACAUGAUUAUAUGUAUUAUGUAAGGCUGAUCAAUUCGUUACAUUCUUUCUCCGAUUCUGUUUUCAUAUAAAGACAAUUAUUUUUUCCGCGUAACCGAAUGUCGCCGAUCAAUCACGAUCGUCCGUUCUAACGGGGAUUGAUUUACGAUUCGAAAAUUGAAUAAUUGAAUAACUUAUUCGAUCGGAAAAAAAACAGGUGUUACCGCAAAUUGAUUUCGCAAAGGAGUACGGGCAAGGUUAUAAAUUGGACCCUCCGCUUAAUUUCUAUGUACAGGUAUAACGUAGUCUUGUUGGAAGAAACUUGUUCGGUACCUAUCUUUCUAAUUAGUCGCUCGCCCGGCGUAAACUGCAGCGUCAUAUCGCGAUGUACGAAGGUACCUCGCGGUGCAAUUUUAUAACUGAGUGAAAUACACCACUCGCGAUACCGCGUACUCCGAGGAAAGAGAAUAAGGAAAGAAGAAAAAGAAGAAGCGUAGAAGUAGAAGGAAAAAAAAAGAGGAGGGAAACUAAAAGGAGAGAUCGGAAAGGAGAGAGAAAGACGAAGAGCAAAAAAUAGGAGCGGAGCCGAGGGUGUCGCUCGAGCUAUCGCGGUUGCAGCCUUUUAUUUCUCGCGCAUAUAAAUUACCGGCAAAAGAUGGCGGUUCGGUGUGCAGCGAAGUAGAUACUCUACGGCAAAAAAGGUUUCUCAAGAGACCCUUCGGUCUCGCCUUAACUCCGCGACGAAACGACGCGACGUUUACUAUCCUCCGGCACGAGAAGAGCGUGCUGAAGAUGGAAAUAGCGUCAUAACCUGUUGCACCCGUGCGGCGGCAAAUUCUAUUUUAUACAUUUAUUUGUAUCGUGGACGUUCCAACGGCGCCGAUCGUAACGCCGGUUCUGCGGAAUCGGAGCUAACGAACAAUAAUCGUCGAGGAAAAGGUAAAAGACUGGAAAAAUCGGCGGCCGCGCGAUUCGGGGUACUUCUCAACGACCCUUGAACGUCGUAGAAUUUCGAGCCACGCGACAACCGAGACCGUAGAAGAAUAUUUUCUUUUUAAAAGAAUUUUACUCUCCUCGUAGAAAACACUUGAUUCCACUCGGAUAUUCGUCAAGGCUGCGAAUCGCGUACUUU